AUGUCGUAUAUUGCCCAGAGUUACGACUCGAAAACCUAUGGAAUGAUGUCGUUUUUCAACGUAACCAAGCUGGUUAACCCAAGUUUGCGAUGGUUGGUUGAUCUGAGUAUUGUCAUCAAAGGCCUCGGCGGGUCGGUCGGUUUCCUCCUCAUUUCGGGCACCCUGUUCGCCGCUAUUAUUGAGAACCUACACCCCACUGGGUUGGCACCAGAGACUCUAAAGCGGUUGGUUAUUAUCGGCGUCGUUGUGUUGCUUUCGCCGGUCAUCUACGCGCAUCGACUGAAUGCAACCAGGUUCACCAAUGCUUUCGGUCUAGUUUCCCUGGGCUAUCUGGCAGUACUCGCGAUCGUUUACGCUAAACCGUCGCUCGAUUCAGCAUCGCUUUGGCCGGUAUCCUGGGUGGGAAUGCUGGCGCGAUUUCCGGUCUUUAUGUUUGCGUUUAUGUGUCAUCAUAAUUUCUUCCAAGUUGCAGAGGAAAUGCCGAAGGUCACUAUUCGUAAACUUAAUAUUGUAAGUGUCAGUGCAGUGACUACUGGGUUGGUCAUCUUCCUACCGACGAUGGUUCUGCCGUAUAUGACAUAUGGCCCAGAUGUCGGGGACAAUUUCCUCACGUCAAUGCCAGUGAGCGAUGUGCCUAUUAAAAUUGCGUAUGUUGCGGCAGCGCUUUCGGUACUGGAGCGCGCUGAUGUUUAUUUGUUCGCUCCUGCUUUAUCCUCUCAGUCUGACUGCAAUCAUUUAUGA